UGCCGCCUUUCCAGUCCACAGCCCCCAUGGCGCGCCAGGUGCGGCAGCGCUACGACUGGGACUGCGGGCUCGCCUGUGCAGAAAUGGUCCUCACCUGGGCCACACCCAAUGCAAGCGAAGACCACGCCGCGCUCGCCGACGCAGUGCGCACGCGCAGCAUCUGGACCAUCGACCUCGUGGAGCUCCUUCGCGCGCGGCUUCGCGACCGCAUCAUGUUCUACUCGCUCGUACUCGAGACGUCGCUGCACUUGGCCCACGACGCGUUCUACACGCGCGACUACCUCGAUGAUAUGGCGCGCAUCCAGCCGCUCUUUGAGGCCGUCGUUGCCGCCAAGUGCGCGCGGCGCGGCAGUGUCUCGAUCGACGCGCUCCGCGCUGCCCUCGCAAACAGCGAGCACGUGGCGCUUGUGCUUAUUGACGCCCGCAAGCUCACAUGCUGCGUGCAGCUGCCAUCCAGCGAUGGUUUCCAAGGCCACUUUAUCGUUGUCACUUCGAUCUCCUCCCGCGGCGUCGCGUAUGUGGACCCUGCGUCGCCCGCGCACCCGUCAUGCUGGAUGAGUCUGGCGUCGUUCGAAGCCGCCAGAAAGAGCCAUGGUACCGACGAAGAUCUUAUUCUUAUUCACCAAUGAGGCGAUGACCCUAUCCAAGCCAUGGAGCUUCCGUCGCUACCGCCUCAAGAUCGUCCAGCAGCCACUGCCGCCGCAGGAUCACAUGCAACAUGGUACAGCGAUCGAUAGCUUAGCCAGCCUCCACUAGUACCAGUGUCACUCUGAGGAGCAUCCUAUUUUUCCUCUUCUGCGUGGAGACCAAGCUGCAUCCGACCUGAUGGCGAACAUCGGCUCGUAAGGGUCGACUCGCAGUGCAACAAACAACAACAUUCAUUUUCGAGUCCGAAGCGUACCAUAUCCCAAUACAGCUUCUUUAGCAUGCUA